UUGUGUGAGUUGUGUUGCUUAAAUUGAUUUUUUUUUUUAAUAAAACAAUUACGCGUAUGCCAAUUCUAAGUAUUAUAACGCUUAAUCAUCACACCUCCUAAGCUGCAGUUGUUGGUCUAUCUCUCUGUUGUUUUGUUUAUAGCAAAAUAAAUACAAUAACGCCAAUUCAUCACUUGGCAGUGAGCAGAAUUAAAAUUAAAGUGAAAAUAAACAAUUUUCGGAAUAUAAACGUCUAACUUACAUCCCAGCACUACACCUGCCAGCAGUCAACUGUCAUCUAAAACCCAAAAACAACCACAACACAAUUUUGCUUACUACUUUUGAGCUUGUACGUCCUUAACACGCCUGCUGCACAAAUGUGGCCCGAAAAUGUUGGUAUACGCGCCAUGGAGGUGAUCUUUCCCUCACAGUAUGUGGAUCAAACGGAGUUGGAACAAUUCGAUGGCGUCUCAGCUGGUAAAUAUACACUCGGUUUGGGUCAGGGCAAAAUGGGUUUCUGCUCGGAUCGUGAAGAUGUCAAUUCGUUGUGCCUGACUGUGGUGAGCCGCCUGUUGGAGCGUUGGCAAAUCAAACCACAAGAUAUCGGACGCUUAGAAGUUGGCACCGAAACCAUAGUUGAUAAAUCGAAAUCCGUUAAAUCGGUGUUAAUGCAACUAUUCGCCGAGUCGGGCAACACAGAUAUCGAGGGACUGGAUACAACGAACGCCUGCUAUGGCGGCACCGCUGCGCUGUUCAACUCCAUCAAUUGGAUUGAAUCGUCCAGUUGGGAUGGUCGUUACGCGUUAGCCGUUUGCGCUGAUAUUGCUGUGUACGCAAAGGGUCCAGCACGACCGACAGGUGGCGCCGGCGCCGUUGCUAUGCUGAUAGGACCAAAUGCACCGCUCGUUUUCGAGCGUGGCCUACGCGCGACACACAUGGAGCAUGCUUAUGAUUUCUAUAAGCCAAAUUUGAGUUCAGAGUAUCCCGUAGUGGAUGGUAAGCUGUCGAUACAGUGUUAUCUCUCGGCAUUGGACAUUUGCUAUCGCCGUUAUCGUAUGAAGUAUGCGAAAAAAUAUCCAAAUGAACCAGAAGUCACAUUGGAUAACUUUCAUGCGCUCGUUUUUCACACGCCCUUCUGCAAAUUGGUGCAAAAGUCAGUUGGACGCGUGGUCUUCAAUGAUUUCUUGAAUUGCAGCGUUGAGAAACGUCCCGCGAAAUAUCCCGGCUUGGAGCGUUUCAACGAAGUCAAACUAGAAGACACCUACUUUGAUCGUGACGUCGAGAAGGCGUUUAUGACACAAUUUGCUAAUGUCUUCGAAACGAAAACUCAAAAAUCACUCUUAAUUGCCAAUCAGGUGGGCAAUAUGUACACGGCGUCUGUGUACAGCGGACUCGCUUCAUUGUUGGCCAAUAAUCCGGCUGAAAGUCUGGUGGGCAAACGCAUUGGUGUCUUCUCCUAUGGCUCCGGUUUGGCUGCCACCAUGUAUUCCAUACUAGUGACAAAGGAUGAUAAAGUCUUCCAGCAAUUCGUAUCCAAAUUGGAUUAUGUCUUGCCCGCAUUGAGUGCGCGUGAGAAAGUGGCACCUGUGGUGUUCUCGCAACUGAUGGAGGUGCGCGAGAAAAACAAUCAUGCGGCGCCGUAUACGCCCAGCGGCAGUGUGAGUGCGCUAUUACCCGGCACAUAUUACCUCAAAGACGUCGAUGAUAUGCACAGGCGUAGUUACGAACGCAAACCGACUAUUGCGAAUGGUGUGCAUUAAUAGUUAAUGAGCAGACGAUGCAUGCAGACGAACGGAGGUGCAGAUGCGGGGCUUGGUGGACUUUGGGGGAAGGGUGUGUGUGUGUGUUUGUGUGAGAGAGGUUGUGGACGCAUACCGAUAGUAAUUGGUUUUUAUGGUGCUAUAGCGGUAUAUGUAUGCACGUCAUGUGCAGUGCUUUAACUUAGUUUUAAGUAAGCAAUUUAUUUCACACACAUACAUACAGUCAGAUUGGUGCGCCGCCCACGCAGUUAAAUUGUAUUUAAUUUUAUAUGCAAAUUUCAAGAAGCAAACAAAAAACUAAAAAAAAAACACUUGACAAUAAUAAUUUAAUUACAGUAAUACAAUAGGCUUUAUUUAUAUGUAUACUAGGUAGCUAAAAUGUGUGUAUAUAUGAGUGCAAAUGCAAUAAAUAAUUACAACAACUAAAUGCUGCAAACUGAAAAUGGCUUAAUUGAUAAUAAAAGUAUGAAAAAUA